CCUGCUGCUAGGAGAACGGUAAUAACUGUACCGCAGUGAAGAACUGGACAAAACAACAAGACACUGGCUGAACUUCCCAGCUACCUGGCCCUACUCAUCCCAUUCUCCAGACAGACAGUGAGGCAGGAUGCUGGGUCUGUGGUGCGUGGGUGCCCGACUGGGCAUUCUCACUCUGGUGCUGUGCUGCACACUGGCUCCCUUACCUGCACACGCAUACAUCUAUGCUCAUUACAGCAAUAUGACCAACAUGUUGUUUGAGGACCUGUCUGCCUUGUUUGGAUCAUCACUACCCAAAGAGGGACUUAUGGGUGUGUUAGUAGAGUCCCGUCCACUCAACGGCUGCACUCCGAUAAAACCUCCACCACCACGGCCCACAUCUAGUGAUCCCAACACUACCACUACUAAGUACAUAGUCCUCAUCCGACGCUAUGACUGCAAUUUUGAUAUCAAGGUGCUGCAUGCACAGCAAGCUGGAUUCAGUGCAGCCAUCGUUCACAACAUGUACUCAGAGACUCUACUCAACAUGAACUACAGCAAUGAAACCAUUGCAGAGGAGAUUGAGAUCCCCUCAGUAUUCACCAGCUACUACGCCUCGCAAAUUCUCAGGACCUUCAUCAUUCCUGAACAAGGGGCCUAUGUGAUCCUCAAGCCGGAAUUUGCCUUCCCACUCUCGUACUAUCUCAUCCCCUUCACCGGAGUGGUGGGCAUGAUCAUCCUUGUGAUGGUUGUCUUCCUGAUUGUGCGUUGUGUGCAGUACAGGAAAAGGAUGAGGAAAAAUAAGCUGACCAAGGAACAACUAAAGAGGAUCCCCAUUCACAAGUUCACUAAAGGUGAUGAAUAUGAUGUUUGUGCUAUUUGUCUGGAUGAGUAUGAAGAGGGAGACAAACUGCGAGUUUUGCCUUGCUCACACGCGUACCACAGCAAGUGUGUGGAUCCCUGGCUUACAGGGACUAAGAAAACUUGCCCUGUGUGCAAACAACGUGUAACCCGGCCCAAUCCGGAGUACUCUGAGUCCGAGUCUGAGGAUGAGAGGGCAAGUGGUCGAGACGAAGAGGGGGGGGGGGGCGAAGCUGACACCGAGCGCACCCCUCUGCUCCGCCCCUCCAACCCAGGCUUCCCCUCUGGCAAUCCAGGGGCCUAUUCUGCCACUGUCACUACAGUAACCACCGCCCAGUGCCUAGGCUCUCCCACUCACUGUGACUCGCCCAUCCUGGAAUAUGAGGGCUACUACUCCCCUCAGGAGGAGUCAGACUCUGAUACUGAGGAGGGAGGGGUGGACUCCCACCCCUCAGACGAUGACACUGCCCAGCUCAUUGGUAGGGGGCACAGUGGGGGUCUGAGAGCCUGGAGGCAGCUGAGAUUAAAUUACUUUGUGCUAGCUGAAAAGAUCCAGUCUUGUCACCCAUGCACUCUAACCUCCCACCCCCCCUCCUAA